AUGACGACGCAGACGCAGCCACGGUACACGGCACCGCUGCGCGGAACACGCACCCUCGUCAUCGGGGGCACGUCGGGCAUCGGAUUCGGGGUAGCCUCUGCGCUGAUCGAGGAGGGGGGAAGCGUGCACGUCGCCUCGUCGUCGUCGGCCAAGGUCGACGAUGCCGUGCGGCGCCUCUCGUCGCCCGCGACGCAGUACAAUGCCGACGCAUCCCGCGUCACCGGAUCGACCGUCUCCCUCUCCGGUCCGCAGAUGGAGGCUUCGCUCUCGGCCCUCUUCCAAGAGGUGGGUGGGCAAAUCGACCACCUCGUCUUCACCUCGGGCGAUGCGCUGGCCAUCAAGCCGCUCCGCGAGUGGAGCUACGACGACCUGGUGCGCGUCGGCGACGUGAGGUACUUUGGCGCCUUCCUCGCCAUCAAAACCGCCAUCGUCGGCGGUCACCUCAAGCGCGGGGGCAGCAUCACCCUCACCUCGGGCAGCAUCGCCGAACAGCCACGACCCGACUGGACCGCCGUCGCCGGCUUUGCAGAGGGCCUCGUCGGCCUCACGCGCCAGUUUGCACUCGACCUCGCACAGCACGGCGUCCGCGUCAACCUCGUCAUGCCCGGCGUCGUCAAGACGGAACUAUGGGACCCGAUGCCGCAGGACGUGCGCGACCACGUCCUCGCCGAGGCCGCCGAGGCGACGCUGACGAAAAAGUGCGCAGAGGUCCAGGACCUCGUACAUGCCUACCUCUACCUGAUGAAGGAUACCAACAUCACGGGCCAGGUCAUCCGUUCCGACGGCGGAAGCGCCCUCGUCCCCUGA